AUGGCGGCGGAUGCGGAGAUGCGGACGUGGAGAAGUCCUGUCACCCGGAUUUUGUGUCCCUGGCCCCUCUUAUCUCUGCUUUUAUUCUGCACAUUCCAUACAUCAUGUGCAGCCCCAGAGCCCGGAGUGUGGAAAAUCGUUCUUGGAAAUUCAUCGCACCCACUUCUGAUUAGAAAAUCUAUGUACAGUAAAACAGACAUCAAAUUGAAAGUGAUAGCAUUCGAUUGUCCUCAGAAUGUGGAUUUCACCAUCCACUGGCUUUUAAAAUAUUACCCGUGUCAUAAUGAGUUUAAUAAUAUUGAUGAAAUGUAUGAACGAACACCGUUAAAUCGAGGCCAAGGCCUGGAUCCAAACCCUAUGGACCAAGGAGAAGUCAUUGAACACCAACACAAGACCAUAACAUGUAACAACCAGCUGCGCACUUUCCCCAUGCUCAAUAAAGCAAAGGCAGAACCGCGCCCUGCAGGUCCUCCCCUUGACCCUAAGAAUCCGGAUUCAAAUUAUAGUAGACUCAUUCUUGAAGAGUAUGAGUCCAAAAAGGAGACGGAUGGCAGUGUGGGUGUUAAAGACAAUGUAAUUGCCACCACAUGGAGAGAUGGACCAUAUCUGCUGGUGGUGAAGAUACUGGCAAACACUAACUCAAACUGGAAUUUAACACUUGAUAUAGUGAUGCAAGGUGAACAUGGCUACAUUUCCAUUACAGAGUGGCCUUUAAUGAUAUUCUAUAUGGUGAUGUGUAUUGUCUACAUCUUGUACGCUUUGCUCUGGUUCGUGUGGGCGGCCUGCUACUGGAAAGACCUGCUGCGGAUUCAGUUCUGGAUUGCAGGGGUUAUAUUCCUGGGGAUGGUGGAGAAGGCGGUCUUCUGUGCUGAAUAUGAAAACACAAAUGCUGUCGGCUCUGCUACUUCAGGAUUGCUGAUUUUUGCUGAACUGAUAUCUGCCCUAAAGAGGACCCUCGCUCGACUGCUUGUCAUCAUUGUUAGUCUUGGGUACGGUAUUGUAAAGCCUCGAUUAGGAACCGUCAUGCACAGAGUUGUUGGUUUGGGGAUACUCUACUUUGCCUUUGCGAGCAUUGAAGGUGUCCUAAGAAUUACAGGGGCGAAAGACUCAGACUUGGCCCUGCUGGCCAACAUUCCCCUGGCUCUGCUUGACUCCUCUCUCUGCUGUCUAGAUGAGUGUUUUGUUCUCCUUGACUUCAUGCACAUAUUCGUGAGCUUGGCACAAACCAUCAAGACUCUGAAGCUGCGGAGAAACCCGGUCAAACUGUCUCUUUACAGACAUUUUACAAACACACUGAUAUUUGCUGUUCUUGCUUCCAUCAUCUUUAUGGUGUGGAUUGCAAAGAAAUUUCGGCUUGCGGAUUGUCAGUCAGACUGGAUUGAGCUGUGGGUGGAAGACGCCUUCUGGAGGUUCUUGUUUUCAAUCAUCCUGCUCGUCAUCAUGUUUCUAUGGAGACCCUCUGCAAACAACCAAAGAUAUGCCUUCACACCUCUUAUUGACGACUCUGACGACGAUGAAGAAAUAGAGGAGUUUAUGACCAAUUCAAACAUGGCUGACGGGAUCAAAAUGAGAGCAGCGAAAAAUGAGUCCAAUGGUUCUGCUAAACCUGCAGAAGCCAACCCGGAUGAGGACUUGAAAUGGGUGGAGGACAACAUUCCUAGCUCAAUUACUGAUAUAGCUCUGCCUGUCUUACUCGACUCAGAUGAGGAAAUUAUGACGACCAAUGGACUCUGGCUCCUGUGCGGCUCUGCUGCCGACAAGAAAAAGUUUGAGACCUUUGUCGUUUUAACUCUUCCAGCAGUCUAA